ACCCUCAAUAUAUAGUAUAUGAUGAUCCAAGGACACCCCCAUUAUAUCGUAGUUGACGACCCAAAGGUACCCCCAACAUAUAGUAUAUGAUGACCUAAUGGUACCCUCAAUAUAUAGUAUAUGAUGACUCAAGGGUGCCCCCAUUAUAUAGUACUUUAAACUUCAACCAAUUUAACAUUUAAAGUUAAAGUGCUGCCCCUAAGUUUGUAUGAUUUCAAAUGAUUUCACGUGAUUUCAGAUGAUUUCAGGUGAUUUCAAGUGAUUUCAGAUGAUUUCAGGUGAUUUCAGAUGAUUUCAGGUGAUUUCAAAUGAUUUCAACUUGAUUUCAGCUAUUGAAAUCAGUUUGUUCCCCCUUGGGUAUACCGAAUUAUGUUCGUAUUAAUAUAAACUAAUGGGCACGGAUUUUCCGAGAAUGUCUUACCUCUUCGCAGCAGGAUGGGCUCUAAGUGCCGAAGAGGGGAAACACUGUCUGAAAGCAGUGGUCAGCAAUACUGCAUCUUUUGGUCAAUCGCAAAAUUAAGAAAUAAAAGAGUUAUGUUAAUAAAAACAGUAAAUUAAAGAAAGUUGGAUCUUCUGAUUUAUUGUUUUAUAGUUUUCUGUUAUUUUCAGAUACAAUGAGGAACCCGCAAGUAUGGUGGGAAUUCCGGAAAUUUUUUGGAGAAUCCUUUGGGAAUCCUGGAAAUCCCAUGGGAAUCUCUGGAAUCCCAUGGGAAUUCUGGGAAUCUUGGGAAUCCCGAGAAUCCGGAAUCCGCCGUUUCCCCCUUGAAAAUUCUUCUCUCGAAACUUUUCUGUAACGAAAUUUAUCAACAAUGAUUUUGUUUCCUAUGAGACACGUCCAUCUCAAUUAUAAUAACGUGUCAUUUCAAAUAAAGUUAAACUCAAUCUUCAAUUAUUAAAUGGAUCUUUUAAAAAAAAAAUGAAAUCUGAAGAAAAAUAAAUAUUGAUUUUAUUUUCGAAUCGUUUAUCUGAUAUAGAAAAAAAAGUGAAAGAUUAAAAACAAAUUGUAUAAAUAAAUAAAGAAAAAUCGAUGAAGUUGAAAGACAAUCUUCAAAUGAAAAACUUCUUCGAACAACACUUUUCAAUAUUCAAUCUGAUUUAGAAACAAAUUAUGGUCAACACACAAAUAUUAACAAUUUUCAUUAUGAAAAACGAUUAAAAAAUCUUCGAGAUGAACUUGCUAAUGUUCGAAAAUUUCGAAAUAAUCAAGAAAAAUAUAAUAAAACAUUUGAAUAUCUUCAUUUAAUUUAA